CAUGAGUCCGACAAGAGCAUUAGCAUGCAUGACAACCUUGUGCCUAUGAAAAAGGGCAGAAAGAGAAAGGUAAAGGCUAAGGGAAGUAAGCGGCAGUGGACAAAAAAGGAGGACGUUGUGUUGGUGGAGUGUCUGCUGGAGCUCAAAGAGCAACCACAUUGGAGAAUUGAGCGGGGAUUCAAAUGCGGUUACCUAACUGAGGUCGAAAAGAUGAUGUAGGAAAAGCUUCCUCAUUACGGUCUGAAAGCACAACCACAUAUCGACUUGGGGGUGAAGAUGUUGAGGAGGCAAUAUAAUGCAAUCAACGAGAUGUUUGAGAAAGGUAGCGACUUCGCGUGCAAUGAUAAGGAGAAAUGUAUUACAUGUACCAAGGAUGUCUUUGAUGAAUGGGUCCGGAGUCAUCCUUUUGCAAGAGCACUGCGACACAAACCGUGGAUGCACUAUGAUUCCUUUGUCGCCAUCUACGGCAAAGACAGGGCCAAUGGAGCUGGUGCAGAGACAGCAACUGAUGUUGUUGAGGAUUUGGAUAAUGACAAUGUUGACAACAAUGAUGAACAGAUGGACAUAGAUGUCGAUGUAGAUCUCGAUGUCGAGAGUGCCCCGCCAAAGGAUGAUGUGGUUGAUUCUACUUGUCAGGCGGCUGUUGCUAGUCAAAGCAGAGUUGCGGUAAGUAGUAAGAGGAGGAAAAAAGAGGUUGGAAAAGCAACAAACUGGCACGCCACAUUGGGCAGGUUUAAGACUGCCUUGGCUGGGACCUAAGCUGAGCUAAAGGGUAUUGCUGACUACUUCAAGAAUGAGACACAAGGGAAAAACCGUAAAGGGCAGGUGUAUUCCAUCAUUUCUCAAUUGGAUGGAUUCACAGUCAUUGAGAUACUGACAGCCACCACGGAGAUUUGCAAGGAACCUCACAAGAUAGAUAUCUUGUUUGGGUUACCAAUGCACGUGCAAAGAGAUUUUGUGAAGAUGCAGCUUGGAGCAAGUAAUGAGUACCAACCAACAUUUGAUUUCUAGUGAAGUCUUGUAAUGGGUUUUAUUUUUGUGUACAGGGUUAUUAGUAUGCUGACACAGUGGUUGUAUUCCCGUAGUUGUAUUUUGUCUAUAUUCUAACAUCAUACAAGAUGAUCUCUUUUGUUAUGUUUUUGUGAAAACCAUGUCUGUCUAGUAAUUAGAUGGUAAUGGUCUAUGUUUGCAGUUAGUACGGGAAGGUACAGAU